AUGCGUUCGAUUUCAAUCUUCAGCUCCUUCCAACUUUUAUUAGUUUUUACAUUAUUCAUUUCAAAUUCAACAGCAGCAGCACCAACGGUACUAGAAUCCUUAGCAUCAACUAUAAAUUUAGCGACAAAUUUAGCAGCAAAAAAGAAUAGUGAUAAUGCCACAAAAUACGACCCCUGCGCAGCAAUUGCAGGCAAAUCAACAGCCAGCUUCAACGAUGCCAAAGCGUGUUUAGACUUUUUCAAAUAUGACAAAGACAUUGCCAAACAAACAUUAGACACAGUGCGAAAAAUUACCAACGACCUAUAUGUAUUCAAUGAACUGGCAAAAAAUCCUCCUCAAGUAGAAGGGUUAGGCAUAACACCCAUUGACAUUUCACACGGACUUGAUUUGAUUGAGAAAGAAAACUGGAAAUCAGAUAGGGAAUUCCAAGAAGCUAUUGCGUUGUUGUUAGAUAAAGUAGAGGACGCACAUUUGUCUUAUUCUCCGUUUUGCUAUCGUCAAUUUAUUUUCUGGCAGCCCAUUCAACUUAAUGCAUUGCUCCGUAACCAACGUCUCGUCAUCAAUGUCGCCUAUGUAAAGGACGAUAUUUGGCCCGAUGCCGAUUCUUCUUGGGUCGGUUGUGAAGUCGUCCAAAUCGAUGGCAUAGAGGCCAUGGAAAUGGUUGUUAACUACGCUGUCAACAACAACGGCGAAUCAAAAGAUGUCAAUACAUGCUUCAACAACAUCAUGAACACCAAGAGCUACUUUCAUGGUUGGGACGAUGGUGCUGAUGAUCUAGGAUAUCAUCGUUUCUUGCCUGCUCAAGAAUAUCACAAUUACACGCUAAAAUGUCCUCAAAAGGGCACUUUACCGAAGCAAGAAGAAUAUGACGAACCCUUUACAGUAGUUGUACCAUGGGUUGCGCAAGUUCCUCCCUCCUAUACUUCAGCUGAAAGCUAUUGGAAGAAUUUUUGCGAGUCUUCGCAUUAUAGUAAAGGAAAUGUUACCAAGAGAGACAUCCAUUAUGAUUUACAUGAAUUGAAAGCCAUUCAUGAAGGUGACGUCUUUGCCCUGAACGCUAAUACAAAUGCUGCUGCUGCUGGAGAGAAUAAGCAUGGGCGUUACAUCGAAUUCAUUCAGCUUGACAAGCCAAAUGAUAAAGUAGGCGUCAUUGAUAUUCAGAGCUUUUCCAUUGCUGCGGAAGAUCGUGAAGCCUUCGUCCAAAAUGUCACCACCGGCUUGAGAACGUUUGAAAAAGAUGGCGUUGAGAAAAUUAUUCUAGACUUAUCAUCCAAUGGUGGCGGUGACGCUUGUGCUGGUGAAUUUCUCAUAAACACAUUCUUUAACUCUACACCUGAUUAUCCUUCCGAUAUCAAGUACUCUCCCUUGUUGGAACGUGUUGUGAAGAAGGCUUAUGAACAACAAAAUACCAAAUGGCUCGAUUACAAGCCGCUCCAUAAUGACUCGAGUCGUGGCAGUGAGUGGUUUACUGACACCCACACGUAUGCAAGAGGCAAUGACAAGAAUGUUCGAUUUUCUCAACCUGUCAGUCUUAGCUGUGCCGGUUGGGGAGGACUCACUUCUCCUGAUAAUAACAAGAACGGCAAUAAUACCUUUGUCAACAACAAAUGGAAACCUUCAGACGUGGUGAUCUUAUCUGAUGGACGCUGUGGAUCCACUUGUGCUAUUGUCGCCUCUCGUCUUCAUUUAUCUCAUCAGGUGCCUGCAAUGGGUUUAGGCGGUAUUCGUGGUAAUCGUAUGCAAUUUGCUUCUUUUCCUGGUGGCGAAAGCGAUCGUUUAUCGAGUUUCUUGAUGGAUUUGGAGAUUUUGGGCUUGUCCACUGAUGCAGACGCUCCACUUCCUUUUCCUGAACGCGCUGAUAUAGGAUGGACUUUCAGAGAAGUCUAUAAGCCAACUAAAGAAUUCACCGGUCAAGAAACUGAUCUGUUGGAAUACAGUGUGAUCAAUGCCGACUGCCGACUUUAUUUUGAUGAUGAUAAUGCCGAUGACGUUAAGAGGCUGUGGGCAGAUGCUGCUAAAGUGCUAUUGGCUGGUCAAUGUCUCUACAUCGAGCAGUAA